UCUCCUCCUGCCAUUUUGGACCUCAGAAACCGACCCGUCUCCCUCUGCUUCGCACCUGCUCCUCCCGUGACGCGACAGGCGACAACGACGACGAGAUAUUUUCGUCAUUUGGACUCCAGGUUUUAAAGAAGUAAAGCAUGUUUAUGCUUUCAACCUUCUUUCAGAGUAUAUUAACCAUCUUGGAAUAAAGAAGGCAACUUCUUGGAAGAACUGGGUGUGGAGUAGGACUCAAGAAAUGCCUUGGGGAGAUUUUAGGCUAUGGACUAGGGAGUAUCCCAGCACAUGGGAUUUAAUGAAACUACACUAUGGUUUUGCUGCAUAUAGUACUCUCUGAUGAAUACACAUGUUUUAUGGGAAUAUGAAUUAUUAACUUAAAAUUCUUUUGAAGUUGACAGAAAAGUUCUGCACAUAACAUCUGCAGUAGGCAAGAGGUGGUGACGUGACUUGCGGCGUAAGCCUGCUUUCCAGGCUGCCAGCGAGGCCGGAUCCCGCGGCCUGUUUCACAACCUCCUCCAUGGCUCCAGCUGGUGAUCAUCGCGCUGCCCCGAACCCCACAAAAUAAGUUUGUUUGCUUGCGUUCCAUUCCAUCACCCAACCACCUCCCUGCUGCCUGCUCUUUAUAUAUCCCGGCACCGGCGCCAGCUACCCAUGUCACACGACGCGGCUGCGCGCCACCCCAUCGCCACCCCUCGAGAAGCAGAGGAAGGAGAAGAAGGCCACCACCCCGGCCGGGACAGUGUCGACUCGCCCAGCAGCGAGUGCCGGUUCUGCGAGAUGACGCGGCAGCACCACCCGCAGUGCGCGCGCCGGCUGCCGAAGCGGAUCAUCCUGGUCCGGCACGGCGAGAGCCAGGGGAACCUCGACAUGUCAGCGUACACCACCACCCCCGACUACCGCAUCCCGCUCACGGCGCUGGGCGCCGAGCAGGCGCGCGCCGCGGGCCGGGGCAUCCGGGACGUGGUGGCGAGCGGCGGCGGCAACUGGAAGGUCUACUUCUACGUGUCCCCCUACGCGCGCACCCGCGCCACGCUGCGGGAGAUCGGACGCGCCUUCCCGCGGGACCGCGUCAUCGGCGCCCGUGAGGAGUGCCGCGUCCGGGAGCAGGACUUCGGCAACUUCCAGGUCGAGGAGCGGAUGCGCGCCGUCAAGGAGACACGCCAGCGCUUCGGCCGCUUCUUCUUCCGCUUCCCCGAGGGCGAGUCCGCCGCCGACGUCUUCGACCGCGUCGCAAGCUUCUUGGAGUCGCUGUGGCGGGACAUCGACAUGGGGAGGCUGGAUCAGGACCCGAGCUGCGAGACCAACCUGGUAAUCGUGUCGCACGGCCUCACCUCGCGGGUGUUCCUCAUGAAGUGGUUCAAGUGGACGGUGGCCCAGUUCGAGCGCCUCAACAACUUCGACAACUGCGAGUUCAGGGUCAUGCAGCUGGGGCCCGGCGGGGAGUACUCCCUCCUCGUCCACCACACCAAGGAGGAGCUCGAGCAGUGGGGCAUGUCGCCGGAGAUGAUCGCCGACCAGCAGUGGCGCGCCUCCGCCAACCGCCGCAGCUGGGCCGAGGAAUGCUCCUCCUUCAUCGACUCCUUCUUCGAGGACCCCAAGGACUCUGAGAGCUCGUCGGAGGAUGAGGAAGAGGAGAAGGAGAAUGGCAAGAUCAAGCACCUGGAGUAAUCAGACUCUGCUCUGUCUCUGGUUCACUGAAAUUCUUUCAAUUCGAUUAUGCUUUCUAGAAUUUUCUAUGGAGUGGUGGCCUAGCGAGCCAUUCCUGAUUGCUCUCCUUUUCUUUCCCCGAUUUGUAAUCUGUUAAUAGUAGCUAGAGAUUGGAACAUGAGUGGGGAGAAAUUCAGGGGAAACAAGUCUAAAGAUUUGAGAAAGACAUAUCUAGAGGUCUUAUCUCUAACUUUUCCUAAUGUUCCUAGUGGGAAAACUGACAAACUCACACACAAUGGUACAAUGGUUGGCUGUGUUCAACUAAAGUUGGCUCCUUUUAUUGCAAGUUUCUUUAGUUAAUCAAGGUCCUUUCAUGCCGGGCACAUUAUCAGUUUCCACAA